UCUUUUCCUUUACACCCUUGUGAUGAACAGUUGUUGAGCUUUCUCUCUCUCUCCGCGAUUUCUUCUUCCUAGUGUUAUCUCCUCUUACUGAACCUCGGAUAUUCUGUCUGAGAUCUGACUAGGAUCUGGCUAUGGCUUCGGAGGAAACGAAGGUCGUCGUUCCCAGGAACUUUAGAUUGUUGGAAGAACUUGAAAGAGGUGAGAAAGGAAUCGGAGACGGGACCGUGAGCUAUGGAAUGGACGACGCCGAUGAUAUUUACAUGCAAUCUUGGACUGGAACCAUAAUCGGCCCUCCUAACACUGCAUAUGAAGGGAAAAUCUUUCAGCUGAAACUGUUCUGUGGCAAGGAUUACCCGGAUAAUCCACCGAGUGUGAGAUUCCAGACCAGGAUAAAUAUGGUUUGCGUCAACCCAGAAACUGGAGCGGUAGGCGGCAGUGAUGUUGAACCUAGUCUCUUCCCUAUGCUCACCAACUGGAGGCGAGAAUACACGAUGGAGGACAUACUUGUUCAGCUGAAAAAGGAAAUGAUGUCACCACAGAACCGGAAGCUAGCUCAACCGCCGGAAGGUAACGAGGAAGCAAGGACGGAGCAGAAAGGAUUGGCGGGGAAAUGUUGUGUAAUGUGAGCGAGGUCAGCAAUUUGUAUGAUUAAAGGCGACAGUGUAUAUAAACACCAUACGAUGCUCUGGAAGUGCCGGCCCUAGGGAUAGGACGACUCUUCCUUAUUAUGGGCAAAACUACCACUUGUAACGUAUUAAUUAUGCCUUUUGUAUUGUCUGAGAAAUGGAUACAUCACUCUCUCUCCCGCCCAACCAAAACCGAAAGAGAUGUCCCAAUAAACCCAAGGAAGGGCUCAUUGGCUUGGAAUGAUGAGCCUUUGCUCCUGCUUGGUUCGUCAA